AUGCGCAGGCCGUCCGAACACCAUGCCAACAUUUUAAAUAUUUUACGAGGUGACAAUUAUGCUCAGAGUGAUGGCGCUGACAAACAUCUGAGUAUUCAUCUCGUUAUUCCAUUGAGACAACAAUUGAUCAAAUUAUCUCAACCGGAUCUUUAUGAUUGUGACGCAACAGCAAAAUUAAAAGAAUUUUUCGUUUUUGAGCUCGAAUCCAAAUGGGAAGUUAAUGAUGAACACUUCGUAGCAAUGUUAUUGCAUCCCAAUUUCAAAGAAUGCAGUAAUUGUUCUCAAUUGAAAGAUAAAGCAUACGCUUUAUUCAAACAAGAAUUUGAAAGAAGAAAAUCACUUAUGAAACCUACCACACCAAAACGAGAGAAAAAAAGUUUGAUAGCCGAUUGUUACGAUAAAACGUCAACAGAUCUACGAGAAGAAACUGAAUUAGAUUUGUAUUCGAAUUUGUGUGUCACAUUUGAUCCUGACAAAGAUGAUCUACUCAACUUUUGGGCCAAACAAAGACAGAACUAUCCCAUUCUGAGUGCAAUUGCUUGUGAUCUUCUAAUUAUCCCUGCUACCAAUACAACCAUGGAGCGCCUCUUUUCGACCAGUGGAACUGCCGUUACACCAAAACGAACUCGAUUGAAUACAUCGAAGGUCGAUAAACUCAUGUUUCUAAAGAAAAAUCUCUUGUUAUUGAAAAAACUUGAUUGUAUAAUCGUUGGUAAUGGUUUAUUAACAGCUACACCAUCAGAUAUGAAACGAAAACGAGAUGAGAUGAAUGAGAGCAGUCAAGAGGAUGUAGAUGCAAAUACUAAUGAUAUAAACAGUCAGCUGGGUGAUAAUCUAUUUGAUGACAUAUAA